AUGAACCCUUCCUCUGCCGACUCGUCGCGGCAGCCAGACAAUAGCAGCCGGAAGCAGCAGCGGUCCUCGUCUCCGGCUGGACUCAAAGACAGUGGAUCUAAAGCUGCACAGAAGGGCAGCAGCUCGUCAAAGCCCAUCACCUCGAAACAAGCAGGAGGAGGGAGUGGAGGAGGGAGAAACAGCCGAGGUCAUUCUCCCGUCUCCACAGGCAGGGAGCGGCAGGCCGGAGGCGCUUCUUCCGUCCGAGGCGCGGCUGCUGUCCAGGCUGCUGGUGCUGAAAGCCCGACGCUCAGCAGGUCUGCAGACAGGAGCAGCACCCAGACACCAGAAGACUCCCCCCGCCUUGUUACUGAUGCUUCAUCCCCUUCCAGAGGAGAUACGAACCGCGUCGUCUCCGAUCAGCCCUGCGCAUCCAAAUCCCCUAAACUGAGGAGGAAAAACCCGAAAGGAGGGGAGGCCGGUGCGGCGACAAGCGGCAGUAAGAAGAGCUCCAAAGGCACAGUCGGCUGCGGACCCGGUUUCUGGAAGGAGGGAUGCUUACAGUCCGAGCUUAUACAGUUUCACUUGAAUAAGAGCUUGGGGAAGAAAGGGACGAAGAUGCAGACGAAAUCAGCAUCACCACCGGCCUCAGAGCCGGAGCUGUCACCCGAGCCAGACACCCCAAAACCUGCUCCACAGCCGGACCAGAGACUGCAAGAUGAGAUCGAGAAACUAGAGGAUGAAAACGAUGACCUUAAGGUAAAUUUUGAUCGAUUACCGUAAAUCACUUUUUACCAUUUGUAUUCUAGCGUGAGCACAGGUGUCACCUGUUGUUUGAUGACAGGCUGCAGGUUAACCGCACGCUGCUGCUGCAUGCUUUAUUAGCAGAUGUGUUUGCAUUACCCCCACACCAUUUCUUUGUUAAGAAUUCAAGUUGGAUUUGCUUUAUGUGUGACCAAUUUCCUUCUUCUCGUCUGUCUGUCAGGCUGAGAUUGAGGAGAUGCGGGCGGAGAUGGAUGAGAUGAGGGACACCUUCUAUGAGGAAGACGCCUGCCAGCUGCAGGACAUGCGCCGAGAGCUGGAGAGAGCCAACAAGAACUGCCGGAUCCUUCAGUACCGGCUUAAGAAGGCUGAGAGAAAGAGGAUGCGGUUUGCAGAGAGUGGUCAGGUGGAUGGAGAGCUGCUAAGGAGUCUGGAGCAAGAUCUCAAGGUGAGUCUGGUGAGGUGGCAUUACCUUGGUUGUAUUCUUUUAUAAUUAUAAAGUAAUUUUAUUUUGCUUUCUCCUGGGAUUAAAGGUGGCAAAGGAUGUGUCUGUGCGCUUGCACCAUGAGCUGGAGAAUGUGGAGGAGAAGAGGAUGAAGACAGAGGAUGAGAAUGAGAAGCUGAGGCAGCAGAUGAUAGAGGUGGAGGUUACCAAGCAGGCUCUGCAGAAUGAGCUGGAGAGGGCCAAAGAGGUAAGGGGCUGAGGGGAAUAUGUUUAAUGUUUGUUUUAUCUCCUGUGCCUAUGUAUGAAAACAGUACAACACAAGUUUUACACCUGAGAUGGAAUUAUUUAUUCAGUCCACUGGAGUAAAUCACAUUUGACUGGGGGUGAAUUCAAUGAAAACAGUGUAGAGAGUGUUGUCACGCAGCAUUGUUGCACAUUCUUGUUAAUUAUUCUUAUAAAGAUGGAGUACAGCCAGUCUUGUAGGUCUGCAGGGUUUUCUUUCUUGGGCUUUUGCAGAUGGAAAAUGUCAUUGAAAAGAAAUCCCUUCAUCUGUUUAAAGACCACUCCAAUGAAAAUCCUGUUUUUUUUUGUUGUCAACAUGCUCAUAUGACAUUUUUCUGAUGCAACAGCACAUAUCACGAAAAAAGUAAGAGCGAAAUUUCAUUUCUGGGUAUUUCUGCAUUCAAAUCGCUGUGAAUCUCUCACAGACCCAAACAGAAGGCUCAGAUUCAGUGAGAUUUCCUAUGUCACAAAUCCAAGCUCCGCCCCCUGAGCCCCGCUAUGCAGGCCAGACUCAUAGAAGUAGAGAGGACAAUCAUGGAACAAGCGUGUGUGUUAGCGGAUUGCAAUGCUUGUAAGAAAGCUUAUUAUGAUAUUAACUUUCAUCAAGUUCCUAAAGACAUUAGUGUCUCAGAGCUGAGUAGCUCCUAAGUUACCUGCCACUUCUGAUAGACCGGUAAUGUUAGGCUACAAGCUAGCAUGAAGAGGAGUGUGCAGAGCAGCGCUGUCUCCGCCCACAACUCAGAGGAGAAUUGCUAAUGAGCUGCUGGAGCUCUCAGGAAAAAAAAAAACUUUUGAAAAUGACACAGGUAAUGUGUAUUUAGCAAAAAACUUCAUAAUCACAAUAUAAAGACCACUGAGAACACUUGAAGUAGUAAAAACAAUGACCGUGGGACUUAAAUCCCAUCAUUGUCCACCACUGCCCAGAUUCAAGUCCUAAUUCCCUUUUUGAGGUGUGAAAUACCCAACUAAGCAAACAAUCUUGAUAAGAAGAGUAACAAAUGCUGUUUUCUACAGCUAUUUAGAUCAAGCCUCAAAAAUCACACUGUCUGAACACUUAGAUUGAAAUUUAAAUAUUCACCAGAAGAGUUUUUGAGGGGACCAUUAAACAGUUCUCUUUCUCCAUGACUAAGCUUUCUGCAUUCUGUAAACUUGGAUGAUAUCAUGAAAAAAGUGAGCCGAUGGUGGUGAUGAUGUGACCACUGUUUCCCUGCAGCUCUCACUGAAAAGAAAAGGAAGUAAGGAUGGGCCGAAAACAGAGAGGAAGGCUCCACAGACCCCUAUUGAGGUGAGUCAGCAUUAUUAGAUUGUAAAGUAAUAAGCUUCAAUUAUGUCAUUUAAGAAUGAUGCUAUUUAUGGGGCAAUUUCCAACAAGGUAUCAGAGAAUCAUAAUUUGUAAUGAGCUUGAGAUACCAGCAAGGAAAUAUAGCCAUCAUGGCUUUACAACACACACUGACGCAAUGCAAGUGUUUCCAACAGUCUUGAUACUGAAGUAUGCUGCCAACUGGUUCAACGUUAGAUCUGGAAAUUCUAGCUUUGGCCUGUUUUUCCCAUGUGCUCUUCGUAUUAAUGAAUUUACAAAUCAGAGGACUGAUAGAAAUCAGAUAAAUAUCCUGACUUUUGUGUGCAUUACAAAGGAGGAAAAUGAGGAUUUGAAAUGCCAGCUGGCGUUCAUCAAGGAAGAGGCCAUCCUGAUGAGAAAAAAAAUGGCCAAGAUUGACAAGGAGAAGGACCGACUGGAGCAGGAGCUGCAGAAGUACCGCUCCUUCUAUGGAGACGUGGACAGCCCCCUGCCUAAAGGUGAAGCUGGAGGACCUCCAACCACCCGGGAAUCAGAGCUGAAACUGCGCUUACGCCUGGUGGAAGAGGAGGCAAACAUCUUGGGGAGGAAAAUUGUAGAGCUGGAGGUGGAGAACAGAGGUUUGAAAGCUGAACUGGAUGACAUGAGGGAGGACAGGUACUUUUCAAAUAUUUACGCACCCUUGAUGAUGAAACACUUGAAAAUGCUGGAGGAAUUAAGAGAUAAUGGUUAAGAAAUUGAACAAUAUAUUGAUGUCAAUGCUGACUGUACAUUGAAACCAUCAUUUCAAUGUAAGGAGGGGUCUGAGACAACAACUCAUGUCUAAAAAUGCCUGUUUUUCUCUCCUAGCAUUGCAGCAUCAGGUGUGGAUGGCUCUAGCAGUGGAGGCCAGCAGUGUAGAGAGCAGGGCGAGGCUCUGUCGGAGCUCAGGCAGCAGCUGCAGCUGGUGGAAGAUGAGGCUGAACUCCUCCGCAGAAAUUUAGCAGACGUGGAGGAAGAGAACAAAAAGGUCGAUACUUUGAACAUGUUCCUGAAAAUGGGGGUUUCCCCCCACAAACUUGACAAACAGAGGACACAACUGCUCCUGCUUGUUAUAAUUACCAGCUACUAUAUAAACGCCCUCCAUUAGUUUUUACUGGGAGUUUCCUACUUCAUUUUGACCCUUAUUGUCAUAAUGUUGUGACAUACUAGAUAGUAUGUAUUGUGGUCUUUCUGAUAAUCUGACAGCGCCACAUUCCUUCUGCAUUUAUAAUGGGCUUUAUCAAAUGUGAGGUGUGGUGGGAGGCUGCCUGGCUAGAAACCUCAUUUGAGAGAAAUCAUUUUAAAUGAUGUCUAUGAUGAAAUGACUGGCAUGGUUUAACAACCAGUGCUUACGAUUUGUACCUAAGGUGAACUCCCCUUAUGACUGCCUGAUGCUGUCAUCCUAAUGUAUUCCAGGUAUGGACCAGCAUCUUAUGUAAUUACAAAAAUGCCUCAACCCUCUCUGUUAGCUCUGUAUUAAACUUGAUUUAAACAGAUUAAAUCCAACCCAUUCUGGUCAAAUGAUUGUGAUUGUGAUUGGCAUGAUCAUGAACAGGUCAGCUAGAAAUCUAUCUAAGCCAGAGGCCAUACAGACAUCUGCCAGAGCAAAUACAGUCCAGCAAAGAAAAGUUUGCAAGUUUGUGUAGUUCCCAGGCAAAAGGGCAACAUCAUACUGCUUUAAAUUUUGUGAUGUUAGAUUUCUUUGUGUGUCUUGCACGAUUAUUAGAUCCACUGGAGACUUUAAGGCCUUUGAAAUUCACAUAUCUGAACUGUUCAUUCUUGUUGCCAUAAAUGCACACAUAAUGAUAAUCAGCUCUAUCUUUAGGUUACCGGUGAGCUGAAUAAACUGAAGUACAAGGCCGGAUCACAUGAACCAGGAUCAAGACAUGGAGGAGGUUUGUUUAUUUUGUUUGCAAUAACUCAGUCAUUAUUGCAGGAAGAAUAAAACACUUCAUUGAUAGCUAAGGAUAUCCUUUCUGUUCUUGGGUUUUAUAAAUCUGUCUGAUACAAAAUGUGUUUCAUAAAGCCUCCAGGAGCUGCACAUAACAGUCUCAUUUGCAGAGGUGUUCCACUUUUCACUGUUGCCUCAUUUCAACCCCAGGAGGAGGUGACCCCGCCAAAGUGGAGGCCCUCCAGGAGGAGCUGAAAGCAGCACGUCUACAGAUCAAUGAACUGAGUGGCAAAGUGAUGCAGCUCCAGUAUGAGAACCGGGUGCUGCUCUCCAACAUGCAGCGCUAUGACCUUGCAUCCCACCUGGGCAUCCGCAGCAGCCCUCGAGACAGUGACGCAGAGAGUGAUGGGGGACGGGAUGAUGACACCCCAUCAGCCUCUGCAUCCUCCCCUCGCCUUCUUCCACCUCAUCGUAAGCGUGAGGGCCCCAUUGGGGGGGAGAGUGACUCAGAUGAGGUGAGGAACAUUCGCUGCCUCACCCCGACACGUUCCCUUUACUCACCUGUGGAUAGCCGUUUUUUAUCCAGGAGCCUGAAGGACCGACAACAGAUGAUAGACAUCCGCAUAGAGGCGGAGAGGCUGGGUCGGACCAUCGACAGGCUCAUCGCUGACACCAGCACUAUCAUCGCCGAGGCACGUGUGUAUGUCACCAAUGGGGAGCUGUUUGCAAGGCUAGAUGAGGAUGAGGAGGGUGGCAGGUAAUGCAUCUAGAAAAGUCAACACUGCUAAGGUCAAUUCCUUUUCAAAACUACAGUGUUGUGAUUUAAGCUCUCAAACUUCAUUCUCAUAGAAUUAGAGAGCAUGAGCUGCUGUACCGAAUCAACGCCCAGAUGAAGGCCUUCAGGAAGGAGCUGCAGAGCUUCAUAGACCGGCUGGACGUCCCCAGGCAGGAAGAUAAAGAAGCAGAAGAGCCACUGUCUGUAAGGAAACACACACUCAAAGUAUCACCAAAUAAAUAUGAACAACUUCAAUAACUGUCAUUUAUUUGUCACUAACAUGCACUUCUCUGUCUUCUUGUAAAUCUACCCAUUCCUCCUCCUUCUUCUUUGACCCUCAUCCAUCCAGAUGUUCCAGCCCAUUAUUUUACUGAUCCUCAUUCUUGUUCUGUUUUCUUCACUUUCUUAUGCCACCAUUUUUAAAUUGGUAUUCCUUUUCACCUUAUUCUUUGUUCUGUAA